GUUAUUGUUACUGUUGUUGUUGUUGUUGUUGCGGCUUCAGCGUAAAAGUGUGAUAAAGAUAAAAGACAAGUGAGAAGCGAUAUUCGUGACUGGCACGAGGCGCGUGCGUGUGAGCGAGAUCGCAGGCGCAGCUGUCAACUGUGUGACUGGCUGCAGAAGAGCAAGAACAAGAGCGAGAGCCGAAGACAAAUUUAAAGAAGAAGACGCUAAGUAGGAAGAAAGGCGCAACGGCGGGCUGACAGUGGCGGCGGCUAUUUUAUGAUUGCCCCUUGAUUUAUGCCUUUUGCCUUAAAACGCGGCCCGACAACGCGAAAUGCAUUAAACGAGAUACACACACACAGAGACACACGCACAUACACACAUACACACACACACACACACACACAUAUACGUAGCGAUAAUCUGUGUGUGGGUGUGUUUGAGUGUCGCGCCACGCCGCGCCUUGUGCUUUAAAUUACCACCUCCCCUCCAAAUAGCGGUCUCCCCCGCCUCCCCAGCGCUGGGUACAUUGCAAGAGAUCUUCACGACAAUUGAAAAUAACGCUCGUUUAUACAUACAGAGGCUUUAAGCCUGCUACAUAUGCUGUGUGCGUGUGUGUCUGUGUGUGUGGGUGGCUGGCUGGCUGGCUGUGUGUGUGUGAGCGUGAGCGUGAGUGUAAGUGUGUGUCUGCUACGGCUAAGCCGCAACUAAAGCGCCGGCCAGAGACGAAGGCAAAGACGGGAGACGGGGCCACCAAGCCAGGCAAAUCAACACCAUUGAAGUGGAAGCGACAGAGAUUGAGAUUGAGAUUGCGUUUCAUAUAGCGGCCGCAGCGCAGUUUACGAGUGUCCAUCACCACUACAACACCGUGCAGCAAUGGAAGACUAUUGGGGUCUUAGCAGCACUACGGAUAUAAAUUGCACUCAGCCCGCCAUUGAUGAUUUCCCCAGAGAUCUAUUCACGGAGGCGCAAAGACAGUCCGGUGCUGUUGUACUUCAUGUUAUAGCCAGUUUAUAUUUAUUUGUAGCAUUAGCAGUAGUAUGUGAUGAGUACUUUGUGCCAGCUGUUGAGAAAAUAUGUGCAGCACUCAAUAUGUCCAACGAUGUGGCGGGCGCCACGUUUAUGGCCGCGGCCACAUCCGCGCCGGAGCUCUUUGUCAAUGUGAUAGGCACAUUCAUCACGGAGGGCGACAUUGGUGUCGGCACCAUUGUGGGCUCGGCGGUGUUCAACAUACUCGCUGUGGCCGCCUGUUGCGGCAUCGGAGCUGGCAUGACUAUUCCGCUGGACUGGUGGCCACUGACGCGGGAUAGCAUCGCCUACGGCGUUACGGUCGCCAUACUCAUCUGUGUCAUGCACGACGAGCGCGUCGAAUGGUAUGAGGCACUCAUUUUGGUAUCGCUCUAUGCGGUCUAUUUGGCGGUCAUGUAUUUCGACAAGUCCUUUCAAAAGUGCGCCAAAGGUGGCGUUAAGCAGGCGCGUUCGCGCAGCCGCUCCUCCAACUGCAGCAUACACACAAAGAACAGCAAUGAGAAGGAACCAGAGCUUGUGGAGAAUCGCAUUUGCCAGAACAUGGCCAGCAUUCAGCUGAAUGGCGGCCUCAACAACGAUCAGGCCAAGGCCAGCAAUACAACAACAACAACAACAACAACAACAACAGCAGGUGUUGGCGGUGGCGGCGGCGGCGGCGGCGGCGGUGUUGGUGGAGCUGCUGCUGCGGGUGGUGCCGCUGGUGGUGCAGCUGUCGGCGCAAUCGCACCCAUCGCCAUCGUGGACAAUGCGGAUGCUGAGGCACAGCUGGCUGCAGUUGCUGCUGCUGCUGCUGCUGCAGCGGCCGCGGCGGCGGCAGCUACGGCCGUCGAGGAGCCGGAACAGGAGGGCUACUCCCUGUUGACAUACCCCAAGGGCACCAGCUGCUUUGCCCAGUUCACCUGGUUGAUUAUCUGGCCAAUUCAUUUGCUCUUCCGCAUCGCGAUACCCGAUUGCAAAAAGGCCAAAAAUAACAAAAUCUUUCCGCUGACCUUUAUCAUGUGUAUUGUCUGGAUUGGAUCGCUGUCGUAUGUUGUGGCGUGGAUGAUAACCAUAAUUGGCGAUACACUUAAGAUACCCGAUUCGGUGAUGGGCAUUACGUUUCUGGCCGCCGGCACCAGUGUGCCCGAGGCAGUCUCCAGCGUGAUUGUGGCCAAGCGCGGUCAUGGCUCGAUGGGUAUUUGCAAUUCGAUUGGCUCGAACACGUUCGAUAUAUUGCUGUGCCUGGGCGUGCCCUGGCUGAUAAAGGCUGUCUUCUUCCCGAUACAGCCGGGCCAGAAUUAUGUGGCUAUCAAUUCGGCCGGGCUGGAAUAUUCGGCCAUAACACUGCUAUCCACGCUCUUUCUGCUCUAUCUGACAUUCUCGAUGAACAAGUUCAAGCUGGACACGAAGGUGGGCAUCGCCUGCCUGGUCAUCUAUUUGGUAUUUAUGGUAUUUGCCUCGCUCAUCGAGCUCAAUGUGUUCUUUCGCGUCAAUCUGCCAACCUGCGGACGAUCAUGAGCUGGAGCUGGAGCUGGAGCUGGAGCUGGAGCUGGAGCAGGAGCUGGAACUGGUACUGCAAUUGGAACUGGCACUGGAACUAGAAGCUGGAAACCGGAA